CCUAGAAAUAAGUAUUUCCAUCCCAACAUUGGCUUUUCUUUUGCUUUUUUUGCACUCAGGGAUAAAUGAAAAAUUAUCAUGAGAUACAAUUGAAUUUUUUCAAACUAGUUCAAUUCAAAUAUUUUUUCUGUUUUCCAUAUAUGUACAUGCAAUUAUAUUUUUAUCCAUUAACUUGUGAAUUGGUAGAUAAUUGCAUCAAUUGGACAAGGGAAUCUGUCAACAUCUCAAUGUUGUGUCCCAAUUUACUACCAAACUCCAAUAAUUGCCUUGUUUGAACAUGUCACAACUUUGCUUUUCCUUUGAUAUAAUCAUACGUUGGCAUGCAAUUGAUCGAUGAUUUUGGUUUGCCGUGGUGACAUUUUGUUUCAAUUGUUAACAAGGAUCAAAGAAGAUGAAUUAUUCAAAAGUCUAGAGCUUUUUUCUGAUUUUGGGAUAUUCAAUUUAGAGGCAGAAAAAUGUCCAUUCAUCAUCAGGGAAAUGCUGACAGCAACAAUGUUACAGGUUCUUGCCUCUACGAACUUUUGCAAAUGGAAUCAUCUUGUAGUGGUCUUCAACCAGAAAGACGACAGCGUUCUUCAAGUCCUCGACAUAGACUACAGAGGCUGUUGAGUGAAUCUGGCAAUAGAUCCUGUGCAGACUGUGGAUCUCCAGAUCCAAAAUGGGUAUCUUUAAGUCUUGGAGUUUUUAUAUGUAUCAAGUGCUCCGGAGUACAUCGAAGCCUUGGAGUGCACAUAUCGAAGGUUCUAUCAGUGAAGCUCGACGAGUGGACAGACGACCAGGUUGAUAGUAUGAUAGAGAUGGGUGGAAAUACUGCGGCAAACAUGAAGUACGAAGCUUCCAUUCCUGAUAAUUACAGGAAGCCCAGACCUGAGUCAUCAAUAGAACAGCGUACUGACUUUAUCAGGAGAAAAUAUGAGAUGCAGCAAUUUCUAAACUCUGAUGUACAGAUUGUCUGCCCCUUCCCACCAUCAUCGUCCUCACGCUGCAAUUCCUUAAGCCUUUCUUGUAGUUUGGCCAUCGAUAAGAGACAUUAUGAGAAGCAAUCCACUGGGCAUCGCAUCCAUGGCAUAGGCCAUGCAUUUCGGAAUAGCUGGAGAAGGAAAGAAUCUGAACACAGGACCACCAAGAAAAGUAACUCAAUGGCAGGUAUGGUUGAAUUUAUAGGAUUAAUAAAAGUCAAUGUGGUGAGAGGGACCAAUCUAGCUGUUCGUGAUGUGGUAACAAGUGAUCCUUAUGUAAUUCUCUCCUUGGGAAGCCAGUCAGUCAAGACGCGUGUCAUAAAGAACAAUCUUAACCCAGUUUGGAAUGAAAAGCUAAUGUUGUCAAUCCCAGAAAAUAUUCCUCCUUUAAAAGUGCUUGUGUAUGACAAGGAUACGUUUACAACGGACGACUUCAUGGGGGAAGCUGAGAUUGAUAUCCAGCCCCUUGUUACUGCUGCAAAAGCAUCUGAAAAUUCAACACUUAGUGAAUCAAUGCCGCUUGGGAAAUGGAAAGCAAGCAAAGACAACACUUUAGUUAAAGAUGGUCUAAUCAGUCUAAUAGAUGGUAAGGUGAAACAGGAGAUUAGUGUGAAGCUUCAGAAUGUUGAAAGAGGAGUACUUGAGAUUGAGCUUGAAUGUGUUCCUCUCACGCAAUAGCAGAUGCAAGGAAAGCAAAGACUGAACGAAACUAACUUCAAGCAUAUAUAGCGGUGAUAUUUAACAUGGUUAAUGCUUGGCAGCUAUGUAUGAGGAUCCUCUAUCUGAGCCAAAGUGAAGCUUUUGGUUGCAUUUGAGUUAGUCAAGUGCUUCAAACGUGGACGCAUAGAAGAAGGAAACACAAUAUGCAGGCAAAGUUAUAUGAACUUGGUUAUCAUUGCCAGAAUUUUUAGACUGGAUUAGUCGCAAAAAGUGAAUUAUGCUUGUUAGAUGACACUCGUUAUACGUGGCUGAAAUGGUGAAGGGUCGACCAAUUGAAGGGACAAGUGUAGACUAUGGUAGAAAGGCAAGGAAAUCUGGAAUGACACCAUCAUUUAACUUUUGCUGUCAUAUUUGACUUUUGAUAUUGCUAGGGCAGAUAACUUCUUAAUGAACUGUAUGAUGCAGUAAGAAUGUUCUAACCAAAAAGGCCGUUUGUCUGGCUGUACUAAUGUUCAUUAUAUUACACUUUGUUAUUUUCUUUUUUUCAAAUUGAUGAUAAUACAAUAUUUCAGUAUUAGGACAAUAA